UCUUUCGUUGCCUGCUUUGUUUCUUCGCGUUGUGCUACUAAUGUCGCUCUUUUACAGAUCGAGGAGCUCUUUCCGUAAGCAUGUGUUCUUGCAUUCUGGGGAUAUAGUAUCCUGUCGCCGCAUUGUCCGCAUUCAUUAUGGUCAGCUGCCAGUCGUUGGUGCACCAGUGUCAAAAAUAACUGUACACGCAGCCGCACCUCCUCCCGAUCCAUCGUCGUCAGAAAAGGCUUUGCCCUCACCGCAUCAUACCGAAAGUCAACUAAACAUUUAUGAAGGACCUUAUGCGCAAACUGCAAAGCGACUCAAGCUAUUCUCGGUCUCAUCAUUAGCUGCAACGAUUGCUCUCUGCCCAUUCAUCUUUAUUUUAGAUGCAGGCAUUUCGACCGGCAUGCGUGGUGGACUUGCUGUCGCAGCUGUGGCGACGAGUGGGUCAUCGACAGCCCUUGUUCAGUGGUGCCUAGGAUCUUAUGUUCGUAAAAUUACCAUCCCUAACCCCUCAUACAUUAAGUCCGAGACUGUUACAGCACCGAAAGCAUUGCCAUCUCGAUCGACCCCUGUCUCUUUUGAGACACUUUCCUUCUGGGGAAGUAAAAGAAUUACGACUGUCAAAGUCUCUGACCUAGAACCCAGCUCUGCACCAUUUUCAACAAUCCGUAUUCGACCAGGCCAAAAAUCCGUCGUUCGAGACGGAAAAGGCAGAGUUCUUGCCGAUGAUGACAAAUUAAGAAAGCGUUUUUAUUUACAUUCAGAAUUCACAGAAGAAGAACCUCUCAGGACUAUUAUGGCAGAGGUUCAGCAAAACCAACAUUUGUCUACUGAAGCCCUGUCCAUGAGAGCUUCAUCUCCACAAUCAUCACUGUCAUCGUCAUCCGAGACUGUAGUGCAGAAUGGUCUAAAAGAAGAGGGCUUACAAACGAGAGCACCCAUGACAGAGGGCAUGUCUGAUCGUAUUGAGCUGCUUAAACGGAAAGCGGCUGAGAAUGCCAAGAAAGGAAAGCAUUGACCGAUGAGGAGAGCCUG